AUGGCAUCUAUCCCUUCGACACGACACCUCCUCCCGAUGCUGCUCGCACAGCAACAGCCUCGUCUUCCGUUGUCACAGAAGCUUGCUGUACUGCAGGCUGUCCCGAUGGGUUCUGCAGAGGCUUCGAGCGUUGGAGGCAUUGGUGGCCUGUUGGUUGCGUGGGCCGAGACUGCUCUGUGCCCACUGGCCAAAGGUGGACUCAUUGGCAGCCCGCUGUCCAAACCGGUGGAUCAUCAGGGCGUGCGCAACCCCGUCCCUCUGGUGACUGUACAGGCCGGGAUUGUUCACCGGGCUCUUCGAACAAUGACGGUGCUCUGGCUACUAUCUUUGUCCGGGCCGUUAGCACGACCAUUGACGACGUCAAACCUACCGCUAGUCCUUCAUAGCCCUUCAUCAAACGCCGAAGCUGCCGAAGGAGAUACAGCACAGCGGUUCCAUGCUGCCGAGCUCGCCGGUCGAGAUCAAGAUACACUUCCAAUCAUCGUGGAAAAUACCGCCAAAGAGCCCAUCACUCUCCUUGCAGACAUUGAUCUGGCACUGGCAGAGAAUUACAUCUCCUCUAGGAUGCUGUCAGCUUUAGGGAUUUCACCCACUGCCUCCGAACUCACACCUAUAGCAAAGAAAGACCGACGGCCCGCGGCCCUAGCCACUCCCGCGUUCAAAGUCACGCCAGAGGCGAAAAUCACGCUGAACCUGCUCACCCAGGCCGAGACGGCCUUGAAACAGUUUGCCGACGUUGAAUUCAAUGUGUUCGACCUGCCUCCUAUCUCCGAGAGAGGAGGAGUUCCCUGGGAACCAGAGGCGUUCCUGGGAGUGGUCUCCCUCCGGGAAGCAUCCGCGUUGAGGCUCGUUGAUGGUUUCGUAGGGCACGCGGCGCUGGAAGGAUUGCCUGUGUUGGUGAGGAACAUGACCAGGACGGAUUCUGCUGGUGGUGAGUGCAAAGAGGGAGGAGAGGGAUGGGAGAAGGACGAACUGUGA